GCUCCUUGGCGCUUUUGCUGGAGCGCUAGUAGCUUCAAUGUGGCUGAUCAACAAGGGUUUCACCCCCCCACUCGAAGGAUCAUUGGGUAAAUGAGGCUGUAAUUGGUCAGUUCUUGGACAGGUCAGUUUAAGCUGACCGUCAAUGCUUCUAAGAACCGUACAGGGAGAAUGAGAGCCAAGGGUGCAGCCUGACAGCAAUGUAUUUUGCCACUUUUUGCGCGAAUGUGCUGGAAUGAAGUGCCCCAUUUCCUCUGCUGUGAGCUUCCAAGGUCUAACCAUCGGCUUUAUCUCCUUAUCUGGCAGGACAUAUCAAUGACCAAUUGUCUUGCUUUUGUCAGAUUCUCACCCAUGCGUACCUUUGCAAGUUGCUGAUUUUGUGAGUGCUUUCCUCGUGGAGAGGGCCGUCCAGAACGUAGGUAUGCUGUGUUGCAGUCGGUGUGCAAAGGGGAUAUAGCACGUUGUGACUACUGUACGCCUUUGGGUCGGCUCAGGGUGGAGCUACCUGAUUUUGUCGUGAUCCUGAGCGGCAGAGAAAGUUACCUAUCCUCCGUGUUACUGUGCGGACGUUGGGGGCCGAAAAAAAGAGAUUGUGCCAAUGGAAGUGGGAGAAAGUUCAACGGCGCCCACCAGCAGCAGCUUGGACGGCGAAAUGCAGGAAACUGUGGCUGAGAUGGAUGCCAAGAUAGCUGCAGAGAUAAAGAAGGCGGAGGAGGCAGAGUUGGCAAUGUUGCAGUUGGAGACUAAAUUGAAAGAGACUGAGCAGCAGCUAGCAGCGAGUACGGUGACACUCGAGGAGAGGGACGGUUUGCUGAUAGAUUUGAGAAUGGAAGUCGAUUGGUUGACUUCGUCUGUGAACCAGAAAGAAGCAGAGAUUGGUGAUCUUCAAAAGAGGAUCGUGGAGUUGGAUGACGUUGAGAAAAGAAUGAAGACCAUGGAGAAAGAGCUUGACGAGGCACGGACAGAGGCGGUUGCAUUCAAAGAGAUCCAGAAAAUCUUGGGAGAAGCUUUGGAGCAGGAGACCCAAAACAGGAAGGAACUGGCUGCUGCUAUGGCUGAUGGGGAGGCAAAGGUUUCCCUUUUUGCUGAGAUGCAAUCCCGGGUGGAAGAGCUGGAGAGUAUUAAAGAGAAUCUGCAGAAAGAGCUUGCUCUUCGGGAUGAAGUGGGAGGAAGGAGGGAGGCAGAGACGCAGGCUGUGGUGGAUGAGCUUGCAUCGGCUCGAGCCGCUGCAAAGAAAAUGGAGGAAAGGCUGGCUGAGACAGCAUUGCUUUUGGCACAGAAAGAGGCGAACGAGGACGUCACUCGGGAACAACGGAAAGAUCUUCAGCAUCAUCUCGAGUACGCAGAGUCAAGAGGACUUGAUCUGGAGGGAAGAGUGAAAGAGCUGGAGGACAGUGUGGCAUCCAAGCUGGAGGAGCUCGAGCGAAGGCAAGAGGAACGGGUGGCUUAUGAAGGUAGAAUACAGCAAUUGACUGAAGCCCUCCAGGUAGAGGAAAGGAAAGUCCAAGACCUUCAGUUGACAGUUCGUCAGCAGGAGGCGCUGGGAGAAACCGUGAGGAGGCUGUCGUUGGAUCUCGAUGCUCAAGUCGCUGCCUGCAGUGCAUUGGAAACUGACAAAAGUUCCCUGGAAACAAGAGUCGCUGAUCUAGAGGUAUCUCUCCGGAAGGCACUCGCUGACUGUGCAUUGGAAUCAGCAGAAGCUGUCAGAAAGGCAGAAUUGGACCUUGGUAUGGAGCAAAAGAAAGCAUGUGAUCUAGUGCAUAAACUGGCAGAGUCUGAAGCACUGGUGGAAAAGCUGCAGGCUGAGGUAGCAGGGAAGGAAAUGGCCGAGGAGAGAGGGCGAGUCUCUGAAGACCGGGCGAUGCAGCUCGAAUCAGCUCUCACGGAAAUGAGUUCAAGGCUUCGCUGUGUGCGAGAGGAGGCAAACCUGAAGGAUCAAGAAGUUUCGGACAUGAGCGGUCAGCUGAAUCACGCACAGAAGGAGAUCACAGCAAUGAGGUAUGCUCUGGAAGAGGCUAAUGAGGGAGGGAGAACUCUUGAAGAGAAAGUUGUUGAGCUGCAAUCGGCAUUGGCGGAGAUGGGCUCAAGGCUUCGCUACGCACAAGAGGCGGCAAAUCGAAGUGAGCAAGAACUUGCAGACCUGACCAGUAAGGAAAGAGCAGCAGACAUGAGGACUUGGAGACUUGAAGAGGCGUUACGAGAGACUCGAGAGGAGGUAGUUAUGCUGAGUGAAGAAAUUCACAAGAAGGAUGGCGAACUCGCUCAGGCCAAGGAAGCAGCCUCCUCAGCUGAAAUGAAAUCGGAGGAAAUGGAGAGGAGUUAUGAGGGAAGACUGGCAGAUAUUCAGUCGGUUGUGGGGGGGGUAAAGGUAAAACUGAUGGAAAAAAUGGAGGACUCAGAGCGUAAGGAGAAAGAGCUCGUGGCGACAAUGCUGGAGCGGGAGGCGAAAUUGUCUGCUGCGCUCAAACAAGCUGAAGAAAAGGCGGAAAAAGCGGAGAAAGACGCUUCAGAUCUGAGAAAGAAUGUAGAAUUUGCACAUUUGGAGUCGAAGCGGCUACGCAGCAGAAUCGUGGAGCUCGAGGGAGCAAAAAAGAGGCUCGAAGAGGCUGAGAGAGCAUUAGCACCAUUUCGUUGCUCAGUAGAAGACACAGCAGAGAGGCUUCGAGGAGCAGAGAGAUCAUUACAGGCAGCAGUGAUGAGGGUUGAAGAGGCAGAGUCUAGGACACAGGCACUAGAUGAAGUGAUGCGGGAGUCACGAAAGGCAGCCCAAGGAGCAGAAGAGAGGUGUAAAUCAUUUGCAGCUAAGUUGAGGACAGCUGAGGAGAAGGUGGUAGAGUUUUUUGCCAUGGAGAUGAGAGCCAAGGAGGCAGAGAAAAAGGUGUCAGAGUGGAUGGAGAACCAGGACAGGAUGGAAGAGAGGGAAGCGGCUUUGGAAGGGGCACUGCUGAAGGCAGAGGCGGCAUUGCGGCGGUCAGAGGGUGAGGGAGAGGAGCUGAAGAAGCGGGCAGAAGACCUUGCAGCUUCUCUGUCAGAGGCAGAGGCUCGUGUAUUUGAGUUGGAGUCACACGAACUCAGCCUUAGAGAGAUGGUAGAGAGAGAGAGCGUUAGGGCAGAGGAGGCAGAAAAGGAGGCAGAAGCCAGGCUAGCAGAGCUGGAGAAAUUGAUGGAUGCAAAGUUGUCGUCAGCGAAAGAGGGUGCCUCGCAUGCCAGCCAGCAGGUGCAGGAAUCAGAGGUAGCAUCAGGAACAAGUGGUGUACAUGCAAGGAAGAUAAACAAGGAUUGUGAUAGAGUGCCUGGGGCUGAAGAGAGCGGGCUCCACAAGAAAGACAGUGGUUGGAUCAUUGUGGAGACAGAUGGAGGGAACAGUGAUGGCAAAGAUGAGGUGCUUGGGUGUCAGGGAUGGCGGGCAAAAUCUGAUCAGCACAGGAAGCAGAUUGAGGUGCUUGAAGAGCAGGUGCGUUCAUUACUGGAGGCCAACAAACAGGCAGAAUUUGAAGCCCUCCAGCGGGAAGAAAGUGAAGCAUCUUUGCGGGCACAGGUCACAGAGCUGCAAGAGAGGCUUGAGAAUAGUAGAGUGGCGGAAAAGAGUGAUGUUCCCGUUGAACCGGAGAAGAAGACGUUCCGCGAUGUGACGAUUGAGGGGGAAAUAACAUCACUCAAAGCGAAAGUUGCAGAGUCCGACCUGAUAAGGGCCCGCGCUACAGAACUUGAGCAGAAGCUCAAGGAUGCAGAGAUACGUGAGCAUCGCCAGCAAAUGGCUAUUAUGAUGUGGGAAGGACGAGUAUCGGCUGCAGAACAGAAGCUCAGAGAAUACAAGCAGCAAGUGGCAAGGAACUCGAAGUCAGAGGGAGACCUGGCAGAGGCGUUGCUUCAAGCUGCAGAAAAGGUGCAGAAGGCGGAGGCAGAAGCUGUAGCAGCAAGGGAAGCGGAAAAGCAAGCAAAGGGAGUGGCUGCUGCGCUGCAAGACUCGGUUAAGUCUUUGGAGGGAAAAGUUAAGAGUGUCUCCACGGAAAGAGAAAGGUCAAGAGGGAAAAAGGAGAAUAACAAGGAGGUCAGGAGGGCUGAUGCUGAGAUUCAUCGUGGUGUUUCAGAAGCAGCAGCGAAAAUGGAGUCCGCUUCUACGGCGGGAUUGCUGGGCAAAAGUUUGGCUGCAGCCGAGUCGCAGGCAAGCACAAGCUCGACACGAAAGAAAAAGUCGAAGAGUUUGGCGAAGCUGGUGGAGGACUCGGCGACGUCGUCACUACACAAGGCUGUCGCGGUUCCGUCGAGGGGUCUAGUUGCAGAUACGAGGAAUCAGUCAACUAGCAUUCUGAAGUCCAUGCUGACUCAUAUGCUCAUUGCUGCGCUUGCGCUCGGGGUCGGGUACGUUCUCUCGCCGGUCGUGAAGCAAUGAAUGCGCAACAAUUGAACUAUCCGAUUUGCCACCGAGGCAAUGAAGCUGACGAGCACGAAAAAGGAAAAAGGGCUUUGAAGUUUGAACCCUCGACCUUAGUCAGACUCUUGGUAAGGCACCCAUGCAAAACCAGUUUUUCAGAGAUUCUCAGCGACAAAAAAAAAAAAAAAAAUGUCCGCACGGGAAGAGUAUGUACAUGCAUGAAUUAUGACGUGGCAGUAAAGUAGGAACGGAUGUUUGGCUGGCCAGGGCAAUUGGAUGGGAGAUAGGUCGAUUCUUUUCGGCACUUAUAAGAGGAUGGUAGAUUGGUAAUGUGUUUGUCUGUGUGUUUCGCGCACACAGCUGAGGUUAUUUUAUCGUCUCAUAGUAAAAUAAGAUAGUUUGA